GGAACGAGCGGUCGUGUCGCGUGUAUUCGCCCGAAAAAUCUCCGGAAUACAUGUGUUUUGACAAGGAAAACACUAUAUGAGGAUGUUCGACGCACAAAAUGUCGUUUAGCCGAGAAAUAUGCGUGAGAAUACCGCGAUGUUGAUGAAAACUAAUUUGUUGUUAUCAAAUCGAAGUGUUUGUUUGAAUUCUAGUGUUGUAGUGACGUGCGUGAUGUUUUUGAAUUUGGGAUUUUAAAAAAGUGUGAUGCCUAAUACGACGACUGGCAGUGGCUUCCAGUGGGAUAAACUCUCCCCGGCAGAGUUCCAGCAACUCCAGGAGCUAGCAUCGUAUUCAAACAGAAAACUUCAGGAUGUCCUCAACGAGUUCUGCGAAGUCAAGAAACAGAGUCCUGAUGGGGACAUCGACUAUGAAGGCUUCCGGUGGUUUCUGGACACCUUCCUCGAGGUGUCCACUCCUGAUGAGCUCACCAGACACCUAUUCCUACACCUUUUCCUUUCGUUCGUGCGCCGCGACCGGCGCCCGGCCCUGCGUGAGAUGGCGGCGGCGAGCUCGGCCGCCGCCUGCGCCGCUGUCACGGCUCAUGCUGACCAUCAGCUGUGCCUGGAGCGGCGCCACGAGACCAGCCCCAGCCACAGCCAGAUGUCCAGGAACUCCAGUCGGAAGAGCAGCAACUCGCUGCGCGUCAACCAGUCCACCAAGAUCGAAGACUUCAAGCACCUCAUGCGUCGUCCGUCCACUAUAGAAGUCCACACCGCGCGGGUGUCCCUUAAGGAUAUCGUCUGCUACCUGUCCCUGCUGGAAGCGGGCAGGCCUGAAGACAAACUAGAAUUCAUGUUCCGUCUGUAUGACACCGACGGGAACGGAGUCUUGGACACCAAUGAAAUGGAUUGCAUCGUCAACCAGAUGAUGACCGUCGCCGAGUACCUGGGAUGGGAGACGUCGGAAUUGAGGCCUAUUCUGCAAGACAUGAUGGUGGAGAUAGAUUACGAUGCUGAUGGCACCGUCUCGCUGGAUGAAUGGAAAAGAGGAGGAAUGACCACAAUCCCACUGCUGGUACUACUGGGCUUGGACACGAACGUGAAAGAGGACGGGGAACACGCGUGGCGACUGAAACACUUCAGCCGGCCGGCGUACUGCAAUCUGUGUCUUAACAUGCUGGUCGGGCUCGGCAAGAAAGGACUCUGUUGUAUAUUCUGCAAGUUCACAGUGCACGAGCGCUGUGUGCAACGCGCGCCAGCGUCGUGCAUCGCGACGUAUUCCAAGUCCAAGCGCGCGUCUGCUGCGCUGGCGCACCAUUGGGUCGAAGGUAACUGCCACGGUAAAUGCGCGCGGUGUCGAAAAAAGAUAAAAGGGUACAACGGCAUCACAGGCCUACACUGUCGGUGGUGUCACAUCACUCUGCACAACCGCUGCGUGGGUUCGGCGGGCGGCACGUGCCAGCUAGGGCGGCACGCGCGCCACAUCCUGCCGCCCACCGCCAUCCGCCCACUAGUGUUGGAUCGACAGCGAUCACUGCCGCACCAUGCACCGCACUUCCAAAUCACGCCGCCAGAUGGCAGCUGUCCCCUGCUGGUUUUUAUCAACCCCAAGUCAGGGGGACGGCAAGGGUCCAGAGUGUUAAGGAAGCUGCAGUAUAUUCUGAACCCUAGGCAGGUCCAUGACAUCGCUAAAGGAGGUCCUAUGCAGGGUCUCCAGAUGUUCAAAGAUGUAAAGAGCUACCGCGUCAUUUGCUGCGGUGGUGAUGGCACCGUCGGUUGGGUGCUAGAGACUAUGGAUAAGGUUCAAAUGGAAACGCAGCCUGCAGUGGGGGUGAUCCCCUUAGGUACGGGGAACGAUUUAGCGCGAUGUCUGCGGUGGGGUGGGGGGUAUGAAGGAGAGUCGAUCCACAAGAUAUUAGACAAGAUCGCUCGCGCUAGCACCGUCAUGAUGGACCGAUGGCAGAUUGACGUGGAAAACACUGCGAUGGAGUGCGAUCUACCACAGCUACCACAGUCAGUCUCUCACCCAACCACGGUUCCGUACAACAUCAUUAAUAACUACUUUUCUAUAGGAGUGGAUGCGGCAAUAUGCGUCAAGUUCCACACCGAGCGGGAACGGAACCCGGACAAGUUCAGUUCCCGCAUGAAGAACAAGCUGUGGUACUUCGAGUAUGCUACGUCAGAGCAGUUUGCUGCUAGCUGCAAGAACUUGCACGAGCACAUUGAUAUUGAGUGUGACGGCUCGUCGUUAGAGCUGAACAAAGGGCCGGCGCUACAAGGGGUGGCACUUCUGAAUAUACCAUACGCGCACGGGGGGUCCAAUCUAUGGGGGGCCAGCGGGGCCCAUCGGCGGGGGCGCUUCCCUAACGCACAGCAAGGUAACAACAUACGGGACUAUUCCCACCUCUCGUUCCCACCGCUGCAACUCCUGUCGUCAUUAACGAAUUUAUGUUUUUCAGAUAUUGGGGACAAGCUGAUCGAAGUCAUAGGUCUAGAGAACUGUCUACACAUGGGACAAGUGCGGACAGGUCUACGUGCAUCGGGUCGGCGACUGGCCCAGUGUAGUUCUAUCACCAUCACUACCAAGAGGACAUUCCCCAUGCAAAUCGACGGGGAGCCGUGGAUGCAGCCGCCGAGCAAGAUAACGAUAACCCACAAAAACCAAGUACCAAUGCUGAUGGGACCAGCCCCAGAGAAAGGCAGGGGAUUUUUCAAGCUCUUCACACACUGCUAACCGUCUCUUUUACACCUCGAAAAUUUACAAAAUACUCUGAGAUUUUUUAUCGAUCUACCCUCGGAUACAAAUUAUACUAAUAUGUAUAACGGGCGUCUGUUGUGAGUCGUUGUUUUAGGUACUUAAGUAUCGUAAAAGUAAGUAAUGCAGAUGAGUUGCUUUACAGUAGCAAAACUAAAAGGACGAAGCACACAUCAACCCGGAAACGGGUCGUAACUGUAUCAACUCGAGGCGGUCAGUAUUCUCUGUAUAAAAACUUCGUACUGUAACGCACACUUAUCCGCACCGUAACGUAAACGCCUCGUCUCACGGCGAAACCCUGUAAAUAAUAUAUUUUGAUGGUCUAAAAAAAGAGGAUUAUUAAAGAUCUUGAAACAUAUUUGGGGUUAAGCUCAGUAACUGACUGUACUUUACUGUACUGUACUCUAACUGUACUUUCUCAUAAGAUAUUCAAUCAAGAAAUAAAUGUUAACUUUCUUAAGCCUUUAACGGGCAUAAAAAGUCCAAAUUUUUCAUUGUUUUGGACCUUCAGGCAAUGGAAUAAAGUUCAAAAUGUGGUGGGAACUAUAUUCCCACUGCCGUAUAAAGGGACUCCUGAUCAGCUGAGAAUAAAUAUCUACAUAUUAAAAAUGGAGAUCACCAGUCCAUUAAAUUAUUUAACUUACUAUUGAUCCAUAUAAAAAGUAAGUAAAAAAAAAUGAAAAGUAAAAACUAGUUUUGUAUAAAAACCCUGUUACGCUAUUCGACACUGCCUGUCGUUGUAAUGUAACAAUAAUAUUAUCUAGGAAUUGAUGAAUAUUCUAUGAAAAAAUCUGCAACCGAACCUGAUUUUGAGAUUGAGAAUCUCUCAAACGAAUAUAACUUUUUAUAAUAAAACUGUCAAACGUUGCGUCUACCCAAUAUCUGAAAAUCAUAAUAUUUUUAAACGUUUAGAUAUAAAAUAUAAUAUAUCUAAAAUGUGUAUCAUAACAUAAAUGUUCCUUAACUUGUAAGUAUUUUAUUUAUUUAUUUCACUAAUAACAUUUUAGAAAUGUACAAAUAUUUGCCAUUUUAGAUCGUGCUUUUGCGACAUUAGUGAUUCUAUAUUAAAUAUUUUAUACAACAAAGGUCUGAAGAUACAUCGAUGCCACAUCGUUUAUUUUAAUCUUUAUAACGUAAUAAACACAAUAAAAAAAUAUUAAGGUUUUGUUAUUGUACCUACUGAUCACUGGUCAGCAAUUAACUGAUCACUGGUCAGCAAUUAACUGAUCAGUAGGUACUCAGUAAUAAAAAUACUGAAGUUCGGAUCAUUUGAUUACAGAACAGCAUUUUUUUGUAUUUAAAUUAUUUGCAUUAUUGUAGUUGACACUAGUAACCAACAAUUUUGGGGCAGAAUAAUACCACGGCAUGCAAUAUCUCGGUAUUUCAAUAUCAAUAUUAUCUAUGAGGGAGUUUUGACAGGUCAUAAAUAUGACGAUACUUGGUUUGUGGUGUCAACUUUACCAAUUGAUUGUAAAAAGAAACAAUUUGCAUUAGAGGCACAGAAUGUUUUUACGGCCUGGUUAAUAAAUUGACGAAAAUUAUUAGCUUUCAUUUAUACGUAGCAGUCAAUGCAAGUUUAGUUAAAAUAGAUUUUAAAUGCUUGUACCAAAUACCUGACGUCCAUUUUGCAAUUCUCGCAUAGAAUCAUAGAAUAUUUAAAAAUAUUUUGGAAAAUUUAGAUGAUAAUGUACCUAGAUGUUUGAUGUAUCGAAAUCUGUAUAGGACUUUUUAGUAAUUUAUCAGUUCGGAUGGUUUGAAUUUACUAAAUUUUUCAUAAUAUACGAAGUAAAAAUAGUAAUUUUAACCGCCGUAAAUGUAGCGUCAGAAGCAGUCAAAAUACGCGUUAAUUUUAAUUAUUAUAAUAUUUAAUGUAAAUGCAACCUUGAUUGUCAUGAGUGAACAGUUGUUCAAUUGUCACGAGUGAACAGUUGUUUAAUUGUCAGCUGCCACGAGUGAAUAGUUGUUCAAUUGUCAUGAGUGAACAGUUGUUCAAUUGUCAGCUGCUACGAGUGAAUAGUUGUUCGCCAAGAGUGAACAGUUGUUCAAUCAGUUGUCACGAGUGAACAAUAUUUUAAGUGAGUAAACAAGGGGUACGUUUUAUAUCAAUGAUUUUAUUAGUUUACCGAAAUACGUAUUUUAAAUUUUAACGAUGAUUUUAACGAAGUAUUUUAAUGGAAUUUUACAGGUCUAAUUUUAUACUCCAUCGCUUUAUUAAUAAGGUUUCGUAAUAUUUAUUAUUAUUAAUUUAUAAUUACUAUUAAAUAGGUGAGUAUGAUUACAUUGUUAUUUAAAAUGUUUUCUAAUAAGAUGUAAAAGAUCUGGUGAAUUGAGCUGAAAGUGAGUCUCUGAAAUUAUUUGUGUAGUUUCAAAAUUUAAAUUAAACUACUUUUAUUGGAAUUUUUAGUCCUGGUAUCUAUAUGGUAGAACAUUUCGUUAACAUAAAGUUAUCGAUUAACGAACGAUCUUAAACAUUUACACCAAAAUUUUUUUAAAAAUCUAAGUUUUAAAUUCAU